ACUUUUCAGAAUAUUAUCAAAAAUAUAUAUAAUGGGUUCCUUAACACCCCUCAAACUUCCUGUGAUUGAUUUCACUAAGGAAGACAUGAAACCCGGCACAGAUUCCUGGGUUGCAGCUCGUCGAGAAUCUGUGUCGGCCCUUGAAGAGUAUGGCUGCUUUGUAGCAUUGUACGAUAAAGUAUCAUCAGAAGUUCAUGAGAGGGUUUUCAAAGGUUUGGUGGAGCUGUUUGAUCUUCCUACGAAUGUUAAAGUUGAGAAUAAGUCCACAAAACCCUUGUAUGGCUACGUGGGACAAAUCCCAAUCGUUCCUCUUUAUGAGAGCAUGGGCAUUGAUCAUGCAAACACUCUUCAAGGAAUUCAGAGCUUCACAAAACUCAUGUGGCCUCAAGGGAAUGAUGAUUUCAGUGAGGCAAUGCUGGUGUACUCAAAAUUAGCAGCAGAGCUGGAAGAGAUGGUGGUGAGGAUGGUGUUUGAGAGCUAUGGCGUAGAGAAGUAUUAUGAAUCCCACGUUAAGUCUGCAUGUUAUCUGGCAAGGGUUAUGAAGUACAGAGAAGCCCAAGAGAAUGAACCCAAAUUAGGGUUUGUCUCCCACACAGACAAGAGUUUCAUGUCCACAAUUUAUCAGAAUUGUCAUAUCAAUGGCUUGGAGAUCAAGGCUAAAAAUGGUGAUGAUUGGUUUGGUGUUCACCUCUCUCCUUCUUCCAUUGUAGUCAUGGCUGGUGAUGCAAUUAUGGCAUGGAGCAACAACAGAAUAAAAUCUCCCCAUCACAGAGUGAUGAUGGAAGGGAAAGGUCCAAGAUACUCUAUUGCUCAGUUCUCCUUCAUGGAGAAAACCAUGAUUCAAACUCCCACAGAACUGGUUGAUGGUGAUCAUCCCUUGCAGUUUAAGCCGUUUGAUCACCUCCAUUAUCUCGACUUUUUCAGCAAAGAGGAGAAUCGCCGACUCCCUUGCGCUCUCAAAACUUAUUGCGGUGUUUAACCUGCUACAUUAUAGUUAUUCUCGACAAUAAAAUUCUUGUCUGAUCUAUAAAUAUGUCCAUUUCAAAGCAUUGAAACAUUUUGCAUGCAUGUGUGAAUAUGCAUGUAUGUGUAGUUGAAAUUUCUUAGAUAAGUUAGACUUAUAAUAAUUAGGUUUCACUUGUGGUUGUGGAACCAAAAUCGGGCCUAUUUAAAAAUGUUUUGUAUCGUGUCUUUUGUAGAACGUUAGAUAUUAUUUUAUAUGCGUAUAUGUUGUAAUGUUCCUUCUUAAUUGUAUGCCCGAUUAUUAAUGAAAUAAAAUGUUAUUUGCCAAUACUCAA